AUGAGCGCAGAGGCUAAGCAAGAAGUCACCAAAAAGGGCCUCUGGGAGCGUUGCCAAGACAAGCUUCGCAGCAAGCCCAGCAAGCACAGCAAGCCCAUCAGCGACGAGGACCUCCUCAAGUACACCGGCAAGCCCCGCGCCGAGUUUGACGACUUCAAAGAGAACACACCCGGCGUCGGCCGCAACUAG